AUGGAAAGGAAAGGCCCAGAUUUGAGGCAGCCAACCCAGGAGAUAGAGCAGCUAAUGGGGGAAGGCCAUGUGGGCUCCCCCCUGGAGUGGUAUGACUGGCUGGUAAUAGGUAAGUAGGUAGUUAGGUGGUGUGCUGGUAUAAUUUAAAUGGUUUGGAACCAUGCUUGCAUGAUAAGUAACCUUGUCUGAGACCUAUAGACUUGUGUUGGACUAAAUGUCCAAUUUUGUUUCAUUCCUCUGCACCUUUGAUGCUUUUUUUUUACAUUUACGUCAUUUAGCAGACGCUCUUAUCCAGAGCGACUUACAGUUAGUGCAUACAUUAUUCUUUUUUAAUUUUCAUACCCCAUGGGAAUCGAACCCACAACCCUGGCGUUGCAAACGCCAUGCUCUACCAACUGAGCUACCUCCCUGCCGGCCAUUCCCUCCCCUACCCUGGACGACGAUGGGCCAAUUUUGCGCCGCCCCAUUGGUCUCCCGGUUGCGGCCAGCUACAGCAGAGCUUGGAUUCGAACCAGGAUCUCUAGUGGCACAGCUAGCACUGCGAUUCAGUGCCUUAGACCACUGCGCCACUCGGGAGACAUGCUUUGUCAGGUGUGUCGAUGGCUAUCCUACUCUGAUUUCACUAUCACUAUUUAUUUAUUUAUUUACAUUUAACCUUUAUUUAACUAGGCAAGUCAGUUAAGAACAAAUUCUUAUUUACAAUGACGGCCUACCAAAAGGCAAAAGGCCUCCUGCGGGGACGGGGGCUGGGAUUAAAAAUAAAAAUAUAGGACAAAACACACAUCACGACAAGAGAGACACCACAACACUACAUAAAGAGAGACCUAAGACAACAACAUAGCAUGGUAGCAACACAUGACAACACAGCAUGGUAGCAAUACCACAUGACAACAACAUGGUAGCAACACAACAUGGCAAAAGCAUAACAUGGUAGCAGCACAAAACAUGGUACAAACAUUAUUGGGCACAGACAACAGCACAAAGGCAAGAAGGUAGAGACAACAAUACAUCACGCGAAGCAGCCACAACUGUCAGUAAGAGUGUCCAUGAUUGAGUCUUUGAAUGAAGAGAUGGAGAUAAAACUGUCCAGUUUGAGUGUUUUUUGCAGCUCGUUCCAGUCACUAGCUGCAGCGAACUGAAAGAGGAGCGACCCAGGGAUGUGUGUGCUUUGGGGACCUUUAACAGAAUGUGACUGGCAGAACGGGUGUUGUAUGUGGAGGAUGAGGGCUGCAGUAGUUAUCUCCGAUAGGGGGAAGUGAGGCCUAAGAGGGUUUUAUAAAUAAGCAUCAACCAGUGGGUCUUGCGACGGGUAUACAGAGAUGACCAGUUUACAUAGGAAAAUAGAGUGCAGUGAUGUGUCCUAUAAGGAGCAUUGGUGGCAAAUCUGGUGGCCGAAUGGUAAAGAACAUCUAGCUGCUCGAGAGCACCCUUACCUGCCGAUCUAUAAAUUACGUCUCAGUAAUCCAGCAUGGGUAGGAUGGUCAUCUGAACCAGGGUUAGUUUGGCAGCUGGGGUAAAAGAGGAGCGGUUACGAUAGAGGAAACCAAGUCUAGAUUUAACCUUAGCCUGCAGCUUUGAUAUGUGCUGAGAGAAGGACAGUGUACCGUCUAGCCAUACUCCCAAGUACUUGUAUGAGGUGACUACCUCAAGCUCUAAACUCUCAGAGGUAGUAAUCACACCGGUGGGGAGAGUGGCAUUCUUCUUACCAAACCACAUGACCUUUGUUUUGGAGGUGUUCAGAACAAGGUUAAGGGCAGAGAAAGCUUGUUGGACACUAAGAAAGCUUUAUUGUAGAGAGUUUAACACAAAAUCCAGGGAGGGGCCAGCUGAGUAUAAGACUGUAUCAUCUGCAUAUAAAUGUAUGAGAGAGCUUCCUACUGCCUGAGCUAUGUUGUUGAUGUAAAUUGAGAAGAGCCUUGGGGUACUCCCUUGGUGACAGGCAGUGACUGAGACAGUAGAUGUUCUGACUUUAUACACUGCACUCUUUGAGAGAGGUAGUUAGCAAACCAGGCCAAAGACCCCUCAGAGACACCAAUACUCCUUAGCUGGCCCACAAGAAUGGAAUGGUCUACCGUUAUCAAAAGCUUUGGCCAAGUCAAUAGAAAUAGCAGCACAAUAUUGCUUAGAAUCAAGGGCAAUGGUGACAUCAUUUAGGACCUUUAAGGUUGCAGUGACACAUCCAUAACCUGAGCGGAAACCAGAUUGCAUACCAGAAAGAAUACUUGUUACGGAUACAGGUAUCCUGUGUGUGUUUUUGUGUUUUUCCUCUCCUUCUGCCCUAAUCACAGGUGUCCUUUAUGUUCCUGAUUGGUGGUCGUUGGGGUGUCCCACCUGUCCGACAUCCGUUUGUCUGCUGAUUGCUGAGGUGGACCAAUCAGUGGACAUUCCUCUGUAUUGCACCACCUGUUUCUGGUUUUACACUUACACCUCCCAUUGUUUUAAAAGCCAGUCAGUUGUGUUUGUUGGGAGACUAUUUUCCGUAUGUGAGUAUGGAUACUGUGGUGUCCUGUGUUUUGUGUACUCACUCAUUUGCUGGUUACUCUGUUUGUUAACUAUGUUGUGUGUUUCUGGGAAAAGGGGGAUUUAAGCAAGUUGCCCUUGGGCAUACAUUACCCGUAGGAAGAAAAUGGUCUAAAAACACUAGUUAGACCUGAGCGGACCACCCACUGUAAUUUCUGUAUGAUUAGCAGUAGCUUAGCGGUUCUUGAGGCAGGCAAGAUCAGUUUAGUUUUUUUUUUACAUUAUUGUUUCAUUCCUUGGGUCCUGCUCAGCCCUUUUUCCCAAACCUUUACCGUGUGUUCAAAAUAAACAUCUUGUGUUUGACGGUAGCUUAUGUUUUUUUUUUUUUCUCACUGUUUCCAUGUCAUGAUUCUAAUUUGCAUGAAUUAUGUUACGGGUCUCUUUUCCAUCCACCCUAGACUUUUAAAGCCACGGGGUUCGUAACAAUACUAUAGACAUCAAGAAAGCCAGUCAGUUGAUUAUUUACAUGUUUUUCCAACACCUUUGAUAAACAGGGCAAAAUAUAAAUUGGCCUAUAACAGUUAGGAUCAGCUUGAUCUCCCCCUUUAAAUAAAGGACGCACCGAGCCUGCCUUCCAAGCAAUGGGAACCUCCCCAGAGAGGAGAGACAGGUUAAAAAGGUCAGAGAUAGGCUUGGCGAGGAUAGGGGCAGCAACCUUAAAGAAGAGAGGAUCUAAACCAUCUGACCCAGAUGUUUUUUUGGGGUCAAGUUUAGCACCUCAGACUGCCUGCAGGGAGAAACAUUGUAGCGGGGCAGGGGAGAAAGAGGGAGGUGCAUCGGGGCUAUUUGCAUUAGAAGGGGUAACACUAACCUGACCUUUUUCUGACACGGGCUCCAAACUAAUAAUGGAUCACAGUUAUAUAGCUUUUAUUUGCACAUUUUACUAUAUCUCAAAGGACUUGAGAUACUUUAUGGCAGGCUAACAUUCUGUACCCUGUCCACCACAAAAACUGUAUAGGGCCUAACUGAAAGCAUGUUGGAAAAGUAGGCUAGCUCACCCUACUGACACAGUCAGUGCCAUACAGCAAAGUCUGCACUCGAAAACUCAAUGGGCCAAACAUCCUUUGAGAAAGUGGGUCUGUCGUAACCUAUUGGUACAUUGCAGCCCCUUAGAUUUCCCUCCUACUGCUACAGUGAUACACUCAGUGUCUUCGACAUCACUGCUGAUCUGGCAGCAUUGCUGACUGCAGCGCUGUGUGUUUUGUGUCCCCAAUAUCUACACAGUGCACUAUAUAGGGAAUAGGGUGCCAUUUGGGUUGAGCCAUGGUGUCUCCACUAAGCACACAGAGUCACUUCUGUUUCCUGUCUACCCCCCCCCCCCGUCCCCGCCAUCUCUCUCUCUCUGCUACGUUGUUGUGUUGAUCUGCUGGCCUGUUGGUUACAUAAGGUUAGUGGGCGGGGCUGUGUGAAUACUGGCCCAUUGGUUGCAUAAGGUUAGUGGGUGGUACUGUGUGAAUACUGACUCAGACACUGUCAUUGACGGUGUCGUCAGAAUAGUUAGUGAUGGCAAAUACACCCUGCCAGUGUAUUAUGACUAAUAUGUGUGGAAAUGGAACAAUAUUCCAAAUGUGAGGGUUGAUGUGAGGUCCAUUCAUUUGAUGACGCGGAUCUUCCUCCUCAAAUUGAAUCAUCGGUAGAAAACAUGAAUAGCCAGUUAUAGUCCGUAAAUGUGAGUGUUCUGCACUACAUCACUAGAUGUGUACAGUGUGUAACCGAGAGAUUUAAGAGGAGUGAAACCAGUGAUGAUUGGCCUCUGUAGGACCUGCUUUGACACAUUGAGCUCAAAUCUCUUCCACAGAGACCUGAUCCAGGAUGACUGGAACAAACCAACGAAAGCACACACAACUUGGGCCACCAUGACAACCUAACAUGGUGGUGAUAUAAUUAAAGGUUAUUGUUGUUACAGACUAAUUGUUGAGGGAUUCUCUGUCUGAAAGGAGUCUAGUAUGAGACAAAGAAGGAUCAGACAUAGUCUAGGACUGAAUCUCCAGAUUCCUAAGGAAGAAGACUAUCUAUGGUCCUGUCUCUGGUGCUUUAGCCAACUCCUGUCUGUGUUAAUUCAUUACCUUCCCAAGAUGCAUGUAGCCUAUGUCUUGACAACAAAAGAAGAGUUGGCUACAGCACAAACAGUAUAUAGGACCAGACAGGCUAGCUUGUAUCUCAGAGUUUCCCCUAACAUUGUAUAGGUGAGGCGUAGAGUCCUCGCCUAGCUCUGUUGACCCAUGCCUAAAAGAGUUUGACUUCUAUCAGUUUCAGUGGACAGGUUUUGUGCCACAGGGCUUGGAUGUUGCUUUGGGGGCCUAUGCUGUUCUAUGCUGCUGCUGGGCCUUGGUCCUACUGUACACCAGCUUCUGCUAUUCUGUGAACUUAGCAGCAGCUGGUGUGUCUAUGGCCAUGCUUCCUCUGUCUCCGCCUGAUAGGUUUGUUCGAGCUCAAUGCUGCUGACGUUACGCAGUCAUCAACCCCCCAGUGCUCGGCGGCUAAGUCUCCCCUAGCUAAAGAUCUAGGAUCAGCUUCCCCUCCCCCAAUCCUAACCUUAACCAAUAGUGGGGUAAAUGCAAAACUGACCCAAGAUCAGCGUCUAGGGGUAACUUCACCCUACAACCAUCGACCCCCAGCCGACACAGCUAUGAUCCAUCACUACUGGAACACUUUGCCUAGGGAUAACACACUGCCCAAGCCUGAGAGUGAACUGGGAGACAAAUAGAUUUUUUGCAAUUGAUUGCUGUGUGGGCUGAUUGCACAAUGUUUCGGUUGGUCUCACUUACAAGGAAACUGUGACUAAGUUUGCACUACAGCCGUGAUAGGCCUACGGUGUGUCAUCAUCAGCCAAUAUGGGUGAGUUUCCUGAACCUUGUUUGAUGGUCAAUGUCUGUGUGAACGAACAACAUUUGUCAAGUGAAGCACUUUGCUGUUCUACAAGUGAUGUGGGUAGUCUGGGUCGUCAAAAUAAAUUGAGUACCAGAUUAGCUACAAGGCUUUCAGGAAACCGGCAACUGAAUGAUAAGUACACAACUGUCUGUAGACCUUUAGGCAAGACUCCACUUUGACAACUUUGACUUAGCUUGUGAGCUGUUCUUGAAAGAAAAGCCUUUCUCCCACAGAUUUCUUCUGCAGUGUGUUAGAUAACUUCAUUCAGAUAACUCAGUCAAGGCUUGCACGUACACACACACACACAUUCACUUUCAGGAACUGGACCAGUCAGUGGUCGGUUAUUGUUCCUGUAAUGAAUGACAGUAGUCGUUUCAGCUGACGACCCUCGGGAUUGUAGAACACAGAGUGUUUCCUGAGGGAAACCUUGUAAAGUCACAGUUCAGCCCUUUAAUGCAUAAAGACUACGGCCAGUGUCACAGUUCAGCCCUGUAUUCUGACUCACAGCCGCCAACUCCUGCUCCCAAGAAAAGGACACAAGCUGGUGUGAAUCAGAUGUUGCCUUCCAAAUGUCACCCUAUUCCCACUUUAGUGCUCUACAUUUGACCAGGGCCCAUAGGGGUAGUGCAUGCUAUAUAGGGUGACAUUUGGGAGGCACACAGUCACUGACGUACAGAGCCUGACAAAUUCAGCUGGGAGAUUGUCAAAUGUUAUCGAUGGCAGAUCGUUUUGUGAACUCUGAGGAUCAGUUCACCAACACUGGCCAUGAAGAGCUACGGUUGAGCAGGCUUUUGUUCCAGCCUUGCAUUGACACACCUGAUUCAACUAAUCAAGACAUUGAUUUGGAGGCCAGUUCUGCCGGAUGGUUAGUGUCAAAUCACUGAAUCAGGAGGAGCCUGUCUGUCCGUAAGUCUGUCUUAUCUGUUAUUAGCCAGUGCUGUGGCGUUGUGCCUGUGCCUUGUAGGACACAUUAGCACCGUUAUAUUUAGCCACUUGGUGACAGUGUGGCACGCUGCUUUCUGUCCUCGCUAAUUUGUGUGACAUCACUCGUCGUUCGCAGUGUUAGAGUGAAACAAGUCUACUUUUAGGAACAAUAUAUACUAAGUUCAAGGUUUAGUUCCCUGUAGUUGUUUAAAAUAAUGUUAGUGCUUUGUGCUCUGAAGUGAAACUCAAAAAAUGGUCUGUGAGGAUUCGGAUGAGGAGAGUGCACUUCUCUUGCAAAAGAGCAUUUCACUGCUGGUUGAUGUUUACACUUUCAGCUACAGUACAGUCCUACACUGUUGCAGUUAGCUAGUGGAGGUUCUUCUGUAGAACUUGUAUAGUGAGACCUGGGUUCUAGUACUAUUUGAAAUCAUUCCAAAUACUUUAGCUGUGCUUUAUUGAGCUUUGCUGGUGCAAUGGAACCAAUUGAAGUCCCAAAAGUGCAAACCUCUCCUACCUGGAAACACUAAAAGUAUUACGAUUUCAAAUAGUAUUUGAACCCAGGUCUGCAGUAGACUACUCCUUCCAGAAAUAGGAUGUCUGAGAAGCAAGGCUACACACCAGACAGUGCCUCUACACUCUUAGAGAAAAAGGUGCUAUCUAGAAUCUUAAAGGGUUGUUCGGCUGUCCCCAUAGGAGAACCCUUUGAAUAACUCUUUUUGGUUCCAGGUAGAACCCUUUUGGUUCCAUGUAGAACCCUUUCUACAGAGGGUUCUACAUGGAACCCUAAAGGGUUCCACCUAGAAGCAAAAAGGGUUCUACCUGGAACCAAAAAGGGUUAUCCUAUGUGGACAGCCAAAGAACCCUUUUUUCUAAGAGUGUAGCGAUGUAGUGAUUUCCUUCCCAUUGUGUCGUAAGGAGUAAAGGCUAUCACAAUUUCCUCUCAUGUAGAUCUACAGAGAAAGGUAUCUUGUGGCCUGUGUGGUUCAGUUAAAGCCUCUGACCCAGCUACACAUAUUUUUUACAUUUACAUUUUAGUCAUUUAGCAGACGCUCUUAUCCAGAGCGACUUACAGUUAGUGAAUACAUAUAUAUAUUUUUUAUACUGGCCCCCCGUGGGAAUCAAACCCACAACCCUGGCGUUGCAAACGCCAUGCUCUAUCAACUGAGCUACAUCCCUUACUGUAUGAUGCCAGAGUCGACAUGGGUUAGAAUCUUAAUACAAAAUAUAUUCUACACUUCUAUUUCAGAGGAUACCCAGCAUCACCCCACGUGUUAUGAAAUGGUGGUUUUGGAAUGAGAAAAAGGGUCACCCAUCAUUGUGGUGUACAUGGUAUUUGUUUAUAUUUGACAAUGUAAGGUACAGAGCAGUGGAGGCUGCUGAGUGGAGGACGGCUCAAAAUAAUGUCUGGAAUGGAGUGAAUGGAUUGUGUUUGAUACCAUUCCAUUAACUCAAUUCCAGUCAUUAUUUUGAGCCGUCCUCCCCUCAGCAACCUCCACUGGUACCGAGUACUUUAUGUGUAUGGUGUUAACUUCAGUACAGAAAUGUGUAGGCGGCUUAACUUACCCUGUCCCACGGCUUAAUUUACCCCAUACCCGGGGUAAGUUGUGCCAAGAGACCACUUUUUUGGGACAAGCUAUGUUUUCAAAACUGUAAUGUUUACAUGUAUUCUGAUUAUAUCCAGGGAUACACAACAUCCGGAAAUACAGUAUGUGUAGAUAUCUUUGUUAGAAAGAAUGCUAUAUUUCCCUUGACGGAGUGAUGCUGAAUGUAACAUUUUUUUGAAUUUACCCCACUCUCCCCUAACUGUCUGUGUCUUUUCCAUAAAACCUCCAAUACACAGUUCUUCUCCAUAAAACCCAUGUUACAUCAGAGUUCCAUUAUCAGCUGUUCUAGGUGCUGUGUUCCACCGACUCCAGAGGUCAGGGGUCAGGUAUACAGUGUUCUGGGUAGAAGUUGUCCUCAGGCUACAGUACUUUCCCUCCUCAUAUCUAUAUCAGUGUCCGGUCUUCACGAAAAGGAGGGAUGUAGGGAAGGUUGUGGGAAGGUUUCUCCAGCUCUGUUGCCUCUCAACCUAAAAUAAUUUGGCAUGGUAGUACAUUCACAGGCUCCAACACAUAUCACCUAUAUUGGUUAGUGGCAUACGUAGAAGUAUUGGUUAGUGGCAAACGUAGACUUUGUCCUUUCCUCAGCCUACUAACCCUCCCUCCCUGCAUGGCUAAGUUACAAUUUGACAUAAGUUGAAGUUAGGAUUCACCCCUUAGUGUCUUAGUGGAACAGAGUCAGGGGGAUAUUUCUGCAGUGAUGCAUACUGGUGUGUCUUGUCCUUUAGCAGUCCCUGAAUAUUUAGCUCUCUGACCGGUCUUCAUGGAGCUCAAAGUUCUGGACUUCUCUCUGACUGGUCUUCAGGGAGCUCAAAGUUAUGGACUUCUCUCUGACUGGUCUUCAGGGAGCUCAACGUUCUGGACUUCUCUCUGACUGGUCUUCAGGGAGCUCAAAGUUCUGGACUUCUCGCUGACCGGUCUUCAGGGAACUCAAAGUUCUGGACUUCUCUCUGACCGGUCUUCAGGGAACUCAAAGUUCUGGACUUCUCUCUGACCUUCGUGGCUCAGCUGUUAGCCUACGUUUUAAGGAAUUAGCCUACUGUACUAUACUGAAUUUUAAUCUUCUUAUCACUGCCAAAGGAAUAGUCUCUCUGCUUCAGAACUUAACUCCUUAGAUUGACACCCCAGCUAACACAUUUUGUUUCCCACAACAUUUAUUUGGUAUUUUAUUAGGAUCCCCAUUAGCUGUUGCAAAAGCAGCAGCUACUCUUCCUGGGGUCCACACAAAACAUGAAACAUGACAUGAUACAGAACAUUAAGAGAACAGCUCAAGGACAGAACUACAUUUUUUUUAAAGGCACACAUUGCCUACAUAUCAAUAUAUACACACAAACUAUCUAGGUCAAAUAGGGGAGAGGCGUUGUGCCAUGAGGUGUUGCUUUAUCUGUUUCCUGAAACCAGGUUUGCUGUUUAUUUGAGCAAUAUGAGAUGGAACGGAGUUCCAUGCAAUAAUGGCUCUAUAUAAUACUGUAUGCUUUCUUGAAUUUGUUCUGGAUUUGGGGACUGUGAAAAGACCCUAGUGGCAUGUCUGGUGGGGUAGGUGUGUCAGAGCUGUGUGUAAGUUGACUAUGCAAACAAUUUGGAAUUUUCAACACAUUAAUGUUUCUUAUAAAAAGAAGUGUUGCAGUCAGUCUCUCCUCAACUCUUAGCCAAGAGAGACUGACUGUCACGCCCUGACUCUAGGACUCGUAUUUGUUGUUUCAGGGUGUGUAUUUUCUGUGUCGUGUUGUGCUAUGUUUAUUGUCUAUGGUUAGAUCUAGUAUGUAUAGAUCUAUGUUGGCCAGGGUGGUUCCCAAUCAGAGGCAGCUGUAGCUCGUUGUCUCUGAUUGGGGACCAUACUUAGGUAGCCUGUUGGCACUAGUGGGUUGUGGGAUCUUGUUCCGUAUAGGUUUGUUGUGUGUACCUUAAGACUUCACGUAUCGUUUGUUUGUUGUUUUGUCGUGUUUGCACAGUUGUAAUAAACAUGUACGCUUAUCACGCUGCGCCUUGGUUCGACCAGUCUUUAAACGAUCGUGACACUGGCAUGCAUAGUAUUUAUAUUAGCCCUCUGAUUACAAUGAAGAGCAAGACGUGCCGCUCUGUUUUGGGCCAGCUGCAGCUUAACUAGGUAUUUCCUUACAGCACUGGACCACACGACUGGACAAUAAUCAAGAUUAGACAAAACUAGAGCUAGAGAACUUGCUUUUUGGAGUGUGGUGUCAAAAAAGCAGAGCAUCUCUUUAUUACGGACAGACCUCUCCCCAACUUUACAACCAUUGAAUCUAUAUGUUUUGACAAACUAAGGUAACGCCAAGUAAUUUAGUCUCGUCAACUUGUUCAACAGCCACACCAUUCAUUACCAGAUUCAGCUGAGGUCUAGAACUUAGGGAAUGAUUUGUACCAAAUACAAUGCUCUUAGUUUUAGAGAUGUUCAGGACCAGUUUAUUAGUGGCCACCCAUUCCAAAACAGACUGCAACUCUUUGUUAAGGGUUUCGGUGACUUCAUUAGCUGUGGUUGCUGAUGCGUAUAUGGUUGAAUCAUCAGCAUACAUGGACACACAUGCUUUAUGGGAAAGUUGUUUUUCAAAUAACCAAAGGAGAACCUUUAGGGAAUGUUAUGGGAACGUUCAGUGUUAGCUGGGACAGUCCUUCAAAACAAAUGAGCCUGCCUGGUAGUGUCCCUGUCUGUUUGUGCUUUAGUCAACAGCUCCUCUCAGUGUCCGUGUGUUGUCAUUCCCUGAUUGAUGACGUUUAAUGUGGGACUUAUUUAGUACGUUGUCAUGCCAAAGAUGCACUGUAUGGCUUGACGAUGAUAAAAGAGUUGGCUGCAUCAUGUACAGUAGGAGGCCACGCUAAAACCAAAUGUUGAAACAGUUUCCUAUGGGGUUUGUAAUCGGCUAUCUUAUUACAAUAUUAUUGUGUUUGUGCUUCCAUAGCAUGUAUCUACUACCUACCAACACAUCUUUCUUUAUAGAGUGAUUUGUCGUGUUUGCACAGUUGUAAUAAACCUCUCCCUCAACGUGACCAAGACAAAGGAGAUGAUUGUGGACUACAGGAAAAAAAAAGAGGACUGAGCACGCCCCCAUUCUCAUCGACGGGGCUGUAGUGGAACAGGUUGAGAGCUUCAAGUUCCUUGGUGUCCACAUCACUAACAAACUAUCAUGGUCCAAACACACCAAGACAGUCGUGAAGAGGGCACGACAAAGCCUAUUCCCCCUCAGGAGACUGAAAAGAUUUGGCAUGGGUCCUCAGAUCCUCAAAAAAUUAUACAGCUGCACCAUCGAGAGCAUCCUGACUGGUUGCAUCACCGCCUGGUAUGGCAACUGCUUGGCCUCCGACCGCAAGGCACUACAGAGGGUAGUGCGUACGGCCCAGUACAUCACUGGGGCCAAGCUUCCUGCCAUCCAGGACCUCUAUACCAGGCGGUGUCAGAGGAAGGCCCUCAAAAUUGUCAAAGACUCCAGCCACCCUAGUCAUAGACUGUUCUCUCUGCUACCGCACGGCAAGCGGUACCGGAGUGCCAAGUCUAGGUCCAAAAGACUUCUCAACAGCUUCUACCCCCAAGCCAUAAGACUCCUGAACAGCUAAUCAUGGCUACCCGGACUAUUUGCACUGCCCCCCCACCCCAUCCUUUUUACGCUGCUGCUACUCUGUUAAUUAUUUAUGCAUAGUCACUUUAACUCUACCCACAUGUACAUAUUACCUCAACUACCUCAACUAGCCGGUGCCCCCGCACAUUGACUCUGCAACGGUACCCGCCUGUAUAUAUAGCCUCCCUACUGUUAUUUUAUUUUACUUCUGCUCUUUUUUUUCUCAACACUUUUUUUGUUGUUUUAUUUUUACUUUUUUUGUUAAAAAUAAAUGCACUGUUGGUUAAGGGCUGUAAGUAAGCAUUUCACUGUAAUGUCUGCACCUGUUGUAUUCGGCGCAUGUGACCAAUAAAAUUUGAUUUGAUUUGAUAUAUGGCACCACUUGAGCAUGUUUUAUGUAAAUGGUUUCAGUAAAACAUUAAGAAUUACCGUCUCCCGAUCCGAUUUGUGAACCAUCAGGUAAGGUACAUGUAGAUCACAGGAGGUUGGUGGCACCUUAAUUGGGGAGGAUGGGCUCGUGGUAAUGGCUGGAGCAGAAUAAGUGGAAUGGUAUCAAAUACAUCAAUCACAUGGUUUCCAUUCCAUUUCCAGCCAUUAUUAUGAGCUGUUCUCCCCUCAGCAGCCACCUGUGAUGUAGAUUCAGACUGAUACACUCUGACCUGCUGCAGCUCAUCAAAUUAGUAGGGAAAGACCUAGGCUGUGUGUGUGUGUGUGUGUGUGUGUGUGUGUGUGUGUGUGUGUGUGUGUGUGUGUGUGUGUGUGUGUGUGUGUGUGUGUGUGUGUGUGUGUGUGUGCGUGUGAGAAAGAGAGGUUGUGAUUGCCUCUGCAGAUGUCAUCUCUCUGAAGGGCCCACUAUCACACUGUUGACAUGAAGGAGGGAGGGAGUGAAGGGAAUGGAGGGAGGGAAUGAUACAAGGGAAAGAGGGAGUGAAGAGGAGAGGUAGUGGAUACAAUGAAUGGAGAAAGAGGCAGAGAGAGAGAUGAAACCUAAUAGCCUGGUGAUUAUUACCGCUAGUCCCCUCUGUCUCCCAGACCUCUGAGCAUCACUAGAGUGCCACUGUGCUGUUCAAUUCCAUGAGGAGUUUACCACUGUCAUCAUUACACACACACACACACGCACACACAUACACACACACUGCCAUUACUCUCCCACUGUCCCUGAUAUAAUUUCUUUCUCACACACUAUUCAAUCUAAUGAGUGUUACUGCAUGAUAAAUGUGUGUGUCAUUGUCGGUGAGAGCACAUCAACAACAAGAAGAGUGAUGAUACUAAUCACCCCCUAUCUCUCUGUCUUCCCCCUGUCUCCCUCUUUUUCUCUCCCUCUCUCCCUUCUCUCCCUCCCUGUCUCCCUCUCUCUCUCCUCUCUCCCUCUACCUCCAUCCCCUCUCCCUCCCUCCAUCCCCUCUCCCUCCCUCCAUCCCCUCUCCCUCUCUUUCUUUCCCAUCCGCUCACCCUCUCCCUCUCUCCCCACCUCUCUCUCACUCUCUCCCUCUCUCCCCACCUCUCUCUCUCUCUCCCUCCCCCUACAUCCCCUCUCCCUCUCUCUCCCCACCUCUGUCUCUCUCCCUCCCCUCCAUCUCUAUCUCCUUUGUAGCUGCUGAGUGAGAAGAUAAGUGGUACUGAAGGGACAAAGCUGGAUGAAGACUUCAUGGAGAUGGAGAGGGUAAGGAUGACAGAGAAGGUGCUAUUAGCAACCCAAAACGUUCCUGUAGUAUACACAAUGGCUGGCUCUGGGGUGUAUUGUCCCCUAGGUACAGAUCUAGGAUCAGCUUCCCCUCCACCAAUCCUAAACUUAACCAUUAGUAGGGAAAAUGCUAAACUGAACUAAGAUCAGUGUCUAAGAGAAACUUCACUCUACUGCCAAUGACUACGUCCCAAAUAUUUCAUAAGUAAUGCACUACAUAGGAAAUAGGGUGCCAUUUGUGACGGAGACAAUAACUACCAGACCUCAGGAUGGAUGCAUUACUGCUCUUUUACUGUCCACAAUGGUGUUCUUCUGUUGUCCCGGGAACUCACAGAGGUGCAGGCUUUUGUUCAACGUCUAGUGUUGAUUUACAUUUGGUUGAGUUGUCAACUGACGUGAAUUCAACGUAAUUUAAAAAAAUAUAUUUUCACCAUGUCAUUGGAUUUGGGUUAAAAGUUGGGUGAAGAAAAGGCGAAAUGCCCUUACGUUGAUUACUUUUUGCAAAUCCAAUCAGUUUUCCACGUUGAUUUAAUGCCAUCACAUAGAAUUUUUUUGGUUGAAAUGACGUGGAAACAACUUGAUUCAACCAGUUGAUUCUACCGUUGAUUCAACACACCUGAUUCAACCUAUCAUUGAGCGUUUAAGUGGUUGAGUCAGGUUCCUGCAGGGUGUGCAGGUUUUUGUUCCAGCUCAAUACUAAAAAACCUGAUUCAACUACUCAACUCACCAUCAAGUGUUUGAGUUGUUGGAUCGGAUGUGUUAGUACUGGGCUGGAACAUAGACCUGCACUGGGCUGGAACAUAGACCUGCACUGGGCUGGAAGGGUCUCCAGGACCAAGGUGGAAAAACAGUUGUCUUCUAGUAACCAAUAAAUGCUGAAAUAAACACCAUCUCUAUUGAGCUAACAUGAUCAUUUUGUUUCUAGAAAAUCGAGGUCACCAACAAAUCAGUGUUGGACCUCUUGUCAAAAACAACAGAAUACCUACAACCUAACCCAGGUGAGACAACACUUUACAGAAUAUUGACUAAUGUUCAAAGUUGGUGAAGUUGCUAUCUUUGAAGUUGGUGAAAUAAUGCAGAAGUCAUAGAACUUUGCUUUGUAGGUGAAUGGUUAGGAUGGAUGGAUGGUUGGAUGGAUGGUUGGAUGGGUGAUGGAUGGAUGAAUGAAAGUGCAAUGCAGGGUGGUAGCAGUGCGAUGCAGGGUGGUAUGCUGCUGGUGACAAAAAAUACAAUUAAAAUAAUAAUAUUGCCCUUAAAAGUGAUCACUCCAUGUGUUUUGCUGUAGCGUCCAGAGCCAAGUUGGGGAUGUUAAACACAGUGUCGAAGAUGAGAGGACAGGUGAAGACCACAGGAUACCCACAGACUGAGGGCCUACUGGGGGACUGUAUGAUGCGCUAUGGCCAUGAUCUGGGAGACGAGUCCUCCUUCGGUAUGAAUCACUCACACACACACACGUUCAGCACACAUACGUGCACACACACACACACACACACAUUCUGUCACACACGCUGUGCUAUGUGAGGGCUGUGAAGAGCACGAGAGGAAGCCUUUGAAAAGCUUUCAUCCUGACCUGACUGUGCACACAUCCACCCACGCUUGCACACACACACACACACACACACACACACACACCCUGUGUGCUGCCAGCUGGUAUGUGCAGUGUUUCUGCCUGUGAAAACCUGUGGCUUUGUUGAGCUGCUUCCCCUCUCAACUCUGACACCUGGUGGGUACAAAACGUAUUCACUCUGAACAUGGGUUUUGAUAAUAUCAUUAGUAAAUGCCCAGUUUCCCAGACACAAAUUAAGCGUAGUUCUAGACUAAAGCUCAUGUUCCCAUCUUAGUGAAAGAUUAAGGCCAGGCCUCAAUCAAAGGUGCGCUAUAGAGCAGUACAUUUGACUGCAGACAAUGCACCUUUUAAAAGCAAUUCCCCCAUUGUUCGCGGAGAUCACAUUCAUGAUAAAUGCUGCGAAUGUUGGUUCAAGCAUGAAUAACCUUAAACAGUGUGCUGCUCUAUGAUUGAAUCCUGGCCUAGGCUUAAUCUGUGUCUAGAAAACCAGCCCCUAAUGUUCAUGUUAUAAACUUGAAUCAGGCAUUACAUUAUCCAGUUAUCAACCAGCUUACUGUGUGAUCAAGAAACCAAUCAUUAUUUCUCAGUGAUCUCGAUUUUAACUUUGCAAUUCCAUUGUUGCAUGAAUUAUUUACUUUACUUUACUUUUACUUUACUUUAGUCAUUUAGCAGACGCUCUUAUCCAGAGCGACUUACAGUUAGUGAAUACAUACAGUGGGGAAAGUAUUUAGUCAGCCACCAACUGUGCAAGUUCUCCCACUUAAAAAGAUGAGAGAGGCCUGUAAUUUUCAUCAUAAGUACACGUCAACUAUGACAGACAAAUUGUGGAAAAAAAAUCCAGAAAAUCACAUUGUAGGAUUUUUAAUGAAUUGAUUUGCAAAUUAUGGUGGAAAAUAAGUAUUUGGUCACCUACAAACAAGCAAGAUUUCUGGCUCUCACAGACCUGUAACUUAUUCAUUAAGAGGCUCCUCUGUCCUCCACUCGUUACCUGUAUUAAUGGAACCUGUUUGAACUUGUUAUCAGUAUAAAAGACACCUGUCCACAACCUCAAACAGUCACACUCCAAACUCCACUAUGGCCAAGACCAAAGAGCUGUCAAAGGACACCAGAAACACAAUUGUAGACCUGCACCAGGCUGGGAAGACUGAAUCUGCAAUAGGUAAGCAGCUUGGUUUGAAGAAAUCAACUGUGGGAGCAAUUAUUAGGAAAUGGAAGACAUACAAGACCACUGAUAAUCUCCCUCGAUCUGGGGCUCCACGCAAGAUCUCACCCCGUGGGGUCAAAAUGAUCACAAGAACGGUGAGCAAAAAUCCCAGAACCACACGGGGGGACCUAGUGAAUGACCUGCAGAGAGCUGGGACCAAAGUAACAAAGCCUACCAUCAGUAACACACUACGCCGCCAGGGACUCAAAUCCUGCAGUGGCAGACGUGUCCCCCUGCUUAAGCCAGUACAUUUCCAGGCCCGUCUGAAGUUUGCUAGAGUGCAUUUGGAUGAUCCAGAAGAGGAUUGGGAGAAUGUCAUAUGGUCAGAUGAAACCAAAAUAGAACUUUUUGGUAAAAACUCAACUUGUCGUGUUUGGAGGACAAAGUUGCAUCCAAAGAACACCAUACCUACUGUGAAGCAUGGGGGUGGAAACAUCAUGCUUUGGGGCUGUUUUUCUGCAAAGGGACCAGGACGACUGAUCCGUGUAAAGGAAAGAAUGAAUGGGGCCAUGUAUCGUGAGAUUUUGAGUGAAAACCUCCUUCCAUCAGCAAGGGCAUUGAAGAUGAAACGUGGCUGGGUCUUUCAGCAUGACAAUGAUCCCAAACACACCACCCGGAAUACGAAGGAGUGGCUUUGUAAGAAGCAUUUCAAGGUCCUGGAGUGGCCUAGCCAGUCUCCAGAUCUCAACCCCAUAGAAAAUCUUUGGAGGGAGUUGAAAGUCCGUGUUGCCCAGCGACAGCCCCAAAACAUCACUGCUCUAGAGGAGAUCUGCAUGGAGGAAUGGGCCAAAAUACCAGCAACAGUGUGUGAAAACCUUGUGAAGACUUACAGAAAACGUUUGACCUGUGUCAUUGCCAACAAAGGGUAUAUAACAAAGUAUUGAGAAACUUUUGUUAUUGACCAAAUACUUAUUUUCCACCAUAAUUGCAAAUAAAUGCAUUAAAAAUCCUACAAUGUGAUUUUCUGGAUUUUCUUUUCUCAUUUUGUCUGUCAUAGUUGACGUGUACCUAUGAUGAAAAUUACAGGCCUCUCUCAUCUUUUUAAGUGGGAGAACUUGCACAAUUGGUGACUGACUAAAUACUUUUUUUCCCCACUGUAUAUAUAUAUAUAUUUUUUAUACUGGCCCCCCAUGGGAAUCGAACCCACAACCCUGGCGUUGCAAACGCCAUGCUCUAUCAACUGAGCUACAUCCCUGCCAGCCAUUCCCUCCCCUACCCUGGAUGACGCUGGGCCAAUUGUGCACCGCCCAUGAGUCUCCCGGUCGCGGCCGGCUGCGACAGAGCCUGGAUUCGAACCAGGAUCUCUAGUGGCACAGUUAGCACUGCGAUGCAGUGCCUUAGACCACUGCGCCACUCAGGAGGAUAUCAGAUUUACACUGAUAUUAAAUAAUAUAUAGAGUGCCUUCGGAAAGUAUUCAGACCCCUUGACAUUUUCCACAUUUUGUUAGGUUACAGCCUUAUUCUAAAAUUGUCCUCAUCAAUCUACACAAUAUACCCCAUAAUGACAAAGCAAAAACAGGUUUUUUGACAUUUUUGCAAAUAUAUAAAACUAAAAUAACUGAAAUAUGACAUUUACAUAAGUAUUCAGACCCUUUACUCAGUACUUUGUUGAAGAACCUUUGGCAGCGAUUACAGCUUCGAGUCAUCUUGGGUAUGAUGCUACAAGCUAGGCACACCUGUAUUUGGGGAGUUUCUCCCAUUCUUCUCUGCAGAUCGUCUCAAGCUCUGUCAGGUUGGAUGGGGAGCGUUGGUGCACAGCUAUUUUCAGGUCUCUCCAGAGAUGUUUAAUCAGGUUCAAGUCCGGGCUCUGGCUGGACCACUCAAGGACGUUCAGAGACUUGUCCCGAAGCCACUCCUGCGUUGUCUUGGCUGUGUGCUUAGGGUCGUUGUCCUGUUGGAAGGUGAUCCUUCGCCACCAGUCUGAGGUCCUGAGUGCUCUGGAGCAGGUUUUCAUCAAGGAUCUCUGUACUUUGCUCCGUUCAUCUUUGCCUCGAUCCUGACUAGUCUCCGAGUCCCUGCCGCUGAAAAACAUCCCCACUCAUGAUGCUGCCACCACCAUGCUUCACCGUAGGGAUGGUGCCAGGUUUCCUCCAGACGUGAUGCUUGGCAUUCAGGCCAAUCUUGGUUUCAUCAGACCAGAGAAUCUUAUUUCUCAUGGUCUGAGAGUCUUUAGGUGCCUUUUGGCAAACUCCAAGCGGGCUGUCAUGUGCCUUUUUACUGAGGAGUGGCUUCUGUCUGGCCACUCUACCAUAAAGGCCUUAUUGGUGGAGUGCUGCAGAGAUGGUUGUCCUUCUGGAAGGUUCUCCCAUCUCCGAAGAGGAACUCUAGAGCUCUGUCAGAGUGACCAUCGGGUUCUUGUCACCUCCCUGACCAAGGCCCUUCUCCCCUGAUUGCUCAGUUUGGCUGGCCGGCCAACUCUAGGAAGAGUCUUGGUGGUUCCAAACUUCUUCCAUUUAAUGAUGAAGACCAUUGUGUUCUUGGGGACCUUCAAUGCUGCAAAAAAAAUGUUGUACCCUUCCCCAGAUAUGUGCCUCGACACGAUCCUGUUUCGGAGCUCUACGGAAUGCUUUUCCAACAGUCUUGAAGGAGUUCCCACAUAUGCUGAGCACUUGUUGGCUGCUUUUCCUUCACUCUGCGUCCGACUCAUCCCAAACCAUCUCAAUUGGGUUGGGUUAGGGGGAUUGUGGAGGCCAGGUCAUCUGAUGCAGCACUCCAUCACUCUCCUUCUUGGUAAAAUAGCCCUUACACAGCCUGGAGGUGUGUUGGGUCAUUGUCCUGUUGCAAAACAAAUUAUAGUCCCACUAAGGCCAAACCAGAUGGGAUGGCAUAUCGCUGCAGAAUGCUGUGGUUGCCAUGCUGGUUAAGUGCGCCUUGAAUUCUAAAUAAAUCACAGACAGUGUCACCAUCAAAGCACCACCACACCAUAACACCUCCUCCUCCAUGCUUUACGGUGGGAACUACACAUGCAGAGAUCAUCCGUUCACCCACACUGCGUCUCACAAAGACUCGGCGGUUGGAACCAAAAAUCUCCAAUUUGGACUCCAGACCAAAGGACAAAUUUCCACUGGUCUAAUGUCCAUUCCUCAUGUUUCUUGGCCCAAGCAGGUCUUUUCUUCUUAUUGGUGUCCUUUACUAGUGGUUUCUUUGCAGCAAUUCGACCAUGAAGGCCUGAUUCACACAGUCCCCUCUGAAGAGUUGAUGUUGAGAUAUGUCUGUGACUUGAACUCUGUGAAUCAUUUCUUUUGGGCUGCAAUUUCUGAGGCGGGUAACUCUAAUGAACUUAUCCUCUGCAGCAGAGGUAACUCUGGGUCUUCCAUUCCUGUGGUGGUCCUCAUGAGAUCCAGUUUCAUCAUUGCGCUUGAUGAUUUUUGCGACUGCACUUGAAGAAACGUUCAAAGUUGACUGACCUUCAUGUCUUAAAAUAAUGAUGGACUGUCGUUUCUCUUUGCUUAUUUGAGCUGUUCUUGCCAUAAUAUGGACUUUACAAAAUAGGGCUAUCUUCUGUAUACCCCCCCCCUACCUUGUCACAACACAACUGAUUGGCUCAAACGCAUUAAGAAGGAAAGUAAUUCCACAAAUUAACUUUUAAGAAGGCACACCUGUUAAUUGAAAUGCAUUCCAGGUGACUACCUCAUGAAGCUGAAUGAGAGAAUGCCAAGAGUGUGCAAAGCUGUCAUCAAGGCAAAUGGUGGCAGUCCCCUGUAGCUCAGUUGGUAGAGCAUGGCGCUUGCUUGCAACGCUGGGGUUGUGUGUUCAUUUCCCACGGGGGGCCAGUAUGAAAAAUAUAUGCACUCACUAACUGUAAGUCGCUCUGGAUAAGAGCGUCUGCUAAAUGACUAAAAUGUAAAUGUAUUUGAAGAAUCUCAAAUAUAUUUAGAUUUUUUAAACACUUUUUUGGUUACUACAUGAUUCCAUAUGUGUUAUAUAAUAGUUUUGAUGUCUUCACUAUUAUUCUACAAUGUAGAAAAUAGUAAAAAUAAAGAAAAACCCUUGAAUGUAGGUGCUGGACAGCGACGGGUGUGUCUCUCUCUGGCGGGAGGCCAUACAAACGCUUCACACCACGUGGCUGUUGCCACUCUAAUCUGGUGGUCCCUGCGCGCACGACCCACAUGGCGUUCCAGGUCUCUGGCAGCCUCUGGAACUGCCGUUCUGCGGCCAACAAGGCAGAGUUCAUCUCAGCCUAUGCUACCCUCCAGUCCCUCGACUUCUUGGCACUGAACUCCUACUGCUACUCCUACUGCUCUUUCCUCGUCUAACCAUGUGUUCUCGCAUACCCCGAGAGCAUCUGGUCAGUGCAGCGGUGGCACAGGAAUCCUCAUCUCUCCAAAGUGGACAUUCUCUCUUUUUCCCCUGACCCAUCUGUCUAUCUCCUCAUUUGAAUUCCAUGCUGUCACAGUCACUAGCCCAUUCAAGCUUAACAUCCUUGUCAUUUAUCGCCCUCCAGGUUCCCUUGGAGAGUUCAUCAAUGAGCUUGACGCCUUGAUAAGUUCCUUUCCUGAGGAUAGCUCACCCCUCACAGUUCUGGGUGACUUUAACCUCCCUACGUCUGCCUUUGACUCAUUUCUCUCUGCCUCCUUCUUUCCACUCCUUUCCUCUUUUGACCUCACCCUCUCACCGUCCCCCCCUACUCACAAGGCAGGCAAUACGCUUGACCUAAUCUUUACUAGAUGCUGUUCUUCUAAUAAUCUCACUGCAACUCCCCUCCAAGUCUCCGACCACUACCACUACUCUCGCUCUCCUCCAACACUACUCACUCUGCCCCUACUCAGAUGGUAAUGUGCCGUCGCAACCUUCGCUAUCUCUCUCCCGCUACUCUCUCCUCUUCCGUCCUAUCAUCUCUUCCCUCUGCUAAAUCCUUCUCCCUCCGAUCUCCUGAUUCUGCCUCCUCAACCCUCCUCUACUCCCUUUCUGCAUCUUUUGACUCUCUAUGUCCCCUAUCCUCCCAGCCGGCUCGGUCCUCCCCUCCUGCUCCGUGGCUUGACGACUCAUUGCGAGCUCACAGAAGAGGGCUCCGGGCAGCCGAGCGGAAAUGGAGGAAAACUAGACGCCCUGCGGACCUGUCAUCUUUUCACUCCCUCCUCUCUACAUUCUCUUCCUCUGUUUCCGCUACUAAAGCCACUUUCUACCACUCUAAAUUUCAAGCAUCUGCCUCUAACCCUAGGAAGCUCUUUGCCACCUUCUCCUCCCUGCUGAAUCCUCCUCCCCCUUCCCCUCCCUCCUCCCUCUCUGUGGAUGACUUCGUCAACCAUUUUGAAAAGAAGGUUGACGACAUCCGAUCCUCAUUUAUUAAGUCAAAUGACACCGCUGGUCCUGCUCACACUGCCCUACCCUAUGCUUUGACUUCUUUCUCCCCUCUCUCUCCAGAUGAAAUCUUGCGACUUGUGACAGCCGGCCGCCCAACAACCUGCCCGCUUGACCCUAUCCCCUCCUCUCUUCUCCAGACCAUUUCCGGAGACCUUCUCCCUUACCUCACCUCACUCAUCAACUCAUCCUUGACCGCUGGCCAUGUCCCUUCCAUCUUCAAGAGAGCGAAAGUUGCACCCCUCCUCAAAAACCGUACACUCGAUCCCUCCGAUGUCAACAACUACAGACCAGUAUCCCUUCUUUCUUUUCUCUCCAAAACUCUUGAGCGUGCCGUCUCUAGCCAACUCUCCUGCUAUCUCUCUCAGAAUGACCUUCUUGAUCCAAACCAGACAGGUUUCAAGACUGGUCAUUCAACUGAGACUGCUCUUCUCUGUGUCACGGAGGCUCUCCGCACUGCUAAAACUAACUCUCUCUGCUAAAACAUCUCCGGCGCUGCUCACUCUUGGAUUGCGUCCUACCUGACAGGUCGCUCCUACCAGGUGGCGUGGCGAGAAUCUGUCUCCGCACCACGUGCUCUCACCACUGGUGUCCCCAGGGCUCAGUUCUAGGCCCUCUCCUAUUCUCUCUAUACACCAAGUCACUUGGCUCUGUCAUAUCCUCACAUGGUCUCUCCUAUCAUUGCUACGCAGACAACACACAAUUAAUGUUCUCCUUUCCCCCUUCUGAUAACCAGGUGGCGAAUCGCAUCUCUGCAUGUCUGGCAGACAUAUCAGUGUGGAUGUCGGAUCACCACCUCAAGCCCGCUCCAUGAUCUCGCCUUCACGGUUGACAACUCCAUUGUGUCCUCCUCCCAGAGUGCAAAGAGCCUUGGCGUGACCCUGGACAACACCCUGUCGUUCUCUGCUAACAUCAAAGCGGUGACCCGAUCCUGCAGGUUCAUGCUCUACAACAUUUGCAUAGUACGACCCUACCUUACACAGAAAGCGGCACAGGUCCUAAUCCAGGCACUUGUCAUCUCCCGUCUGUAUUACUGCAACUCGCUGUUGGCUGGGCUCCCUGCCUGUGCCAUUAAACCCCUACAACUUAUCCAGAACGCCGCAGCCCGUCUGGUGUUCGACCUUCCCAAGUUCUCUCAUGUCACCCCCUCCUCCGCACACUCCACUGGCAUCCAGUUGAGGCUCGCAUCUACUACAACACCAUGGUGCUUGCCUACGGAACUGUGAGGGGAACGGCACCUCCUUACCUUCAGGCUCUGAUCAGACCCUACACCCAAAGGAGGGCACUACGUUCAUCCACCUCUGGCCUGCUAGCUCCCCUACCUCUACAGAAGCACAGUUCCCGCUCAGCCCAGUCAAAGCUAUUUGCUGCUCUGGCACCCCAAUGGUGGAACAAGCUCCCCCACGACGCCAGGACAGCGGAGUCACUGACCACCUUCCGGAGACACUUGAAACCCUACCUAAGGAAUACCUGGAAUAGUAUAAAGCGAUCCUACUUGGGUGAGAACCUCCUUCCCUCAGCUAGAGCAUUGAAAAUGGGUCGUGGAUGGGUAUUCCAGAAUGACAAUGACCCAAAACACACGGCCAAGGCAACAAAGAGUGGCUCAAGAAGAAGGACAUUAAGGUCCUGGAGUGGCCUAGCCAGUCUCCAGACCUUAAUCCCAUUGAAAAUCUGUGGAGGGAGCUGAAGGUUUGAGUUGCCAAACGUCAGCCUCAAAACCUUAAUGACUUGGAGAAGAUCUGCAAAGAGGAGUGGGACAAAAAAAUCCCUCCUGACAUGUGUGCAAACCUGGUGGCCAACUACAAGAAACGUCUGACCUCUGUGAUUGCCAACAAGGGUUUUGCCACCAAGUACUAAGUCAUGUUUUGCAGAGGGGUCAAAUACUUAUUUCCCUCAUUAAAAUGCAAAUCAAUUUAUAACAUUUUUGACAUGCGUUUUUCUGGAUUUUUUUGUUGUUAUUCUGUCUCUCUGUCACGCCCUGACUCAGGGGACUCUUAUAUGUUGAGUCAGGGUGUGUAUAUUCUAUGUUGUGUAUAUUCUAUGUGUGUUAUCUAGUAUGUGUAUAUCUAUGUUGGCCGGUGUGGUUCCCAAUCAGAGGCAGCUGUCACUCGUUGUCUCUGAUUGGGGUUCAUACUUAGGCAGCCUAUUGGCACUAGGUAGUUGUGGGAUCUUGUUCCGUGUAAGGUUUGUUGUGUGUCUACCUUAGGACUUCACGUUUCGUUUCGUUUGUUGUUUUGUCGGUUGUUUAUUCGUUGUCAAUAAACAUGUAUGCAUAUCACGCUGCGCCUUGGUCUGACCCGUCCUUCAACGGCCGUGACAGAAGAUCCCACCAAUCAAGGACCAAGCAGCGUGCCCAGAAGGAGCAAACGCCUGGGACUCAACAGGAGGUAACCACAGUAGAUGUCCUCCUCGGUUGGGGGAGAAUUACAGAGGAGGAGGCCGUCCGUUAUCGGGAGGCGAUGAAGCAGAGUGUAGCCGAUAAAGGAUCCUGGGUGAAGGAGGAAGCCUGGGUAGGAGAGGAGAAAUGGCGCCAACAGUGCCGACAACGGAGACCCGAGAGGCAACCCCAAGAAUUGUUUUGGGGGGGCACACGGGGUGGACAACGAGGCAGCAGGAGGCCGUGAAAGGGUGGAUCUGCAGGUUAAGAGAGGAGGCCACCACGUUACGGGGGCUGUUAGCUCAGAGGGAGCAGGACUUAUCUGGUCAGAGGGAGGCACUACAGGAGGCUCAAAGGGAGAAGGAAAUAGUGGAGGCACGGAGAGAGGAGCUGGUUAGGCAGCAGAAGGAGCGGGGGUUAAUAAAGGAACCCAGUCCUGCUCCUCGAACCAAGCCAGUGGUGCGUGUCGCCAGUCCGGUCCGGCCUGUUCCUGCUCCUCGCACCAAGCCAUUGGUGCGUGUUCCCAGUCCGGCCCGGCCCGUUCCUGCUCCUCGCACCAAGCCAGUGGUGCGUGUUCCCAGUCCGGCCCGGCCCGUUCCUGCUCCUCGCACCAAGCCAGUGGUGCGCGUCGCCAGUCCGGCCCGGCCCGUUCCUGCUCCUCGCACCAAGCCAGUGGUGCGUGUCGCCAGUCCGGCCCGGCCUGUGCCUGCUCCUCGCACCAAGCCAGUGGUGCGUGUUCCUAGUCCGGUCCGGCCCGUGCCUGCUCCUCGCACCAGACCAGUGGUGCAUGUUUCCAGUCCGGCACGGCCCGUGCCCGUUCCACCGGUGCCUGGUCCGGCACCGGUCAGCGGCUCCACUCCGGAGCCAGAGCAGUCCGCUCCACCGGUGCCUGAUCCAGCUCCGGUCAGCUGCUCCACUCCGGAGCCAGAGCAGUUCGCUCCACCGGUGCCCAGUCCAGCUCCGGUCAGCGGCUCCAGUCCGGAGCCUGAGCAGCCCGCUCCACCGUCGUCUGGUCCAGCUCGGGUCAGCGGCUCCAGUCCAGACCCAGACGUCAGCCCCUCUCCAGGUUCGGGGUCUCCCACACCAGGGUCCAGACAGGGCCUGGAGUAUCGUGGGAGGAAGGAGAGGGAAAACAGCGCGCCGAGGUCCAGACCAGACCAGGGGCGCAACAUGGAGACGGAGAAUAAGAGGUCGUCACGCCCGGAGCCGAAUCCGCCUCCGAGGCGGAAUGCCCACCCGGCCCCUACCCUGUUAGGUGAAGGUUGUGCGGUCGGAGUCCGCACCUUUGGGGGGGGGUACUGUCACGCCCUGACUCAGGGGACUCUUAUAUGUUGAGUCAGGGUGUGUAUAUUCUAUGUUGUGUAUAUUCUAUGUGUGUUAUCUAGUAUGUGUAUAUCUAUGUUGGCCGGUGUGGUUCCCAAUCAGAGGCAGCUGUCGCUCGUUGUCUCUGAUUGGGGAUCAUACUUAGGCAGCCUAUUGGCACUAGGUAGUUGUGGGAUCUUGUUCCGUGUAAGGUUUGUUGUGUGUCUACCUUAGGACUUCACGUUUCGUUUCGUUUGUUGUUUUGUCGGUUGUUUAUUCGUUGUCAAUAAACAUGUAUGCAUAUCACGCUGCGCCUUGGUCUGACCUGUCCUUGAACGAACGUGACAAUCUCACUGUUCAAAUAAACCUACCAUUAAAAUUAUAGACUGAUCAUGUCUUUGUCAGUGGGCAAACGUACAAAAUCAGCAGGGGAUCAAAUACUUUUUUCCCUCACUGUAAGUCGCUUUGGAUAAGAGCGUCUGCUAAAUGAUGUAAAUGUAAUGAGUAGGUGUGUCCAAACUUUUGACUGGUACUGUAUAUAUAUAUAUAUAUUUAUAACAUUUUACAAUUGCUAGCAAGCUAAUUAAUUGAUCCUGCAUCAUGAAAUACCUUAUUGGUGUAAAUAAGUUAAUAACUGUCCACAUUGUUAGUGACACAUGAAUUCAGUAGAAGUGGCCCCAUGCGUGAAUCAAACCCUCAACCCUGGUGUUUCUAGCACUCUCUAACCCACUCAUCCAUUGGAACCACGUGUUUCUGUGUCAUAUAUUUUACUCAUAUCUGUUUUUUUGUCUGCAGGCGGUGCAUUGGUGGACAUCGGUGAGGCCAUGAGGCAGAUGGCCGACGUGAAGGACUCUCUGGACAUCAGCGUCAAACAAAACUUUAUCGACCCACUCCAGAACUUACAGGACAAAGACCUCAAGGAAAUCACGGUCAGUGGUAUAUUAGAUUUCAGUUGUAUUCCAUUAGCUUUCAGAACUCAAUGGUUGCAUCACCAAUGGUACCCUAUUCCCUUUAUAGUGCACUACUUUAGACCAGGGCCCAUAUGGGAUGUGCAUAAAAGUUGUAUACUUGCAAUGUUAUUCACAAAGGUGAUUUCACAAUAUGUUUAAUUUGUAUUAGUCAUUUUAAAUGUUUCAUAACGGUUUUGAGUAAGACCGUCCUCAAUUCUUCCUGGGAAGAGCCUCUGUACUCCCCCAUAAUGCCCCUUUUCAACCAUCUCUCCUGAUUGUUUUGUGUGCAGCAUCACCUGAAGAAGCUGGAGGGGAGGCGGUUAGACUUUGACUAUAAGAAGAAGCGUCAUGGUAAGGUGCCUGACGAGGAGAUCCGCCAGGCGGUGGAGAAGUUUGAGGAGAGCAAAGAGCUGGCCGAGAGGAGCAUGUUCAACUUCCUGGAGAACGAUGUGAGUGAAUAGUAGAGGGAUACACUACCUGUGGUAACGGUUCUCUCGCUCUUUCUCUCUGAAAAAGAGUGCCACCAUGUGGUGGUCUCCGAUAGAGGUGCCGGUUUCGAUUAUAGGUGCAACUGUCCCAGCGCCCCGGUUAGAGGACGUAAAUGACCAGUAGGAGGAUUUAUUUCCAUACACCAAACAGACACACACACAGUAAAGAGGAAUAGAAUCGGUGAAGGGGGUUUUGUGUUCAGUGACGGACUAACACGCGAUUGGGAAGUCCAGGGUGGAGGCUUGUCCUUGUAGGAAGGGUCCAGUGGUGAGUUGUGUUGAGGUGGUGCAGAGUUCUUCUGACCUGUUGUCUCUCUGCACCCCUGUGUCCAACUAAAGAACAGGCAGGAAUAAGUCUGUUACCUCACCAGAUAGGGCCUGUGAUUGGCAGACCAGGUCAGCUGACUGCGUUCCCUGGCAACCUGGUCCCUAACACAGAGGUGUGAAGUGGCCUCUGCUAUUGGACAAAGGAGUCAGGUUGAGGCGGGGGAUGGUAGCCUCUGCUGCAGCUGAAAAGUCACAGAGUUUGUCUCUAUGUCCUAGCCAGAGAGAGGGUUCAGUGAGGGUUUAAGGAUUACAAUUAUAGGGUUUUGUACACACUUUCUGUCUCUCUCUGUCUGUGGCACUCGCUGUAGCUCUGAGGCCUAAACACCCUGGUAGCAGAAUCAAUCAAGCAAUGUGGUGCCAGGACAACAACCUCUCCCUCAACGUCAGUAACACAAAGGAGCUGAUCGUGGACUACAGGAAACAGAGGGCCGAGCACACCCCCAUUCACAUCGAUGGGGCUUUAGUGGCGCAGGUCGAGAGCUUCAAGUUCCUCAGUGUCCUUAUCACUAAGGAGCUAUAAUGGUCCAAACACACCACGACAACGCCUCUGGCCCCUCAGGAGGCUGAAAAGAUUUGGCAUCCUCAAAAAGAUCUACAGCUGCACCAUUGAGAGCAUCUUGACUCGCUGCAUCACCACUUCACCACUUGGUAUGGCAACAGCUUGGCAUCCAACCGCAAGGUACUACAGAGGGUAGUGUGGACGGCCCAGUACAUCACUGGGGCCAAGCUCCCUGCAAUCCAGGACCUCUAUACUAGGCGAUGUCAGAGGAAGGCCCAACAUUUUUUCAAAGACUCCAACCACCCAAGUCAUAGGCGAUUCUCUCUGCUACCGCAUGGCAAGUGGAACCGAUGCACCAAGUCUGGAAACAACAGGACCCUGAACAGCUUCUACCUCCAAGCCAUAAGACUGCUAAAUAGUUAGUUAAAUAGUUAACCAAAUAGCAUUGACCCUUUUUGCACUCACUUUUUUUGACUCAUCACAUACGCUGCUGCUACUGUUUACUAUCUGUCACUUUAUUCCUAGUUAUAUGUAAAUAUCUACCUCAAUUACCUUGUAUCCCUGCACAUCGACUCGGUACUUGUAUCCCUUGUAUACAGCCAAGUUAUUACCUCAUACCCCUGCACAUCAACUCAGUACUGGUACCCCUUGUAUAUAGCCAAGUUAUUACCUCAUACCCCUGCACAUCAACUCAGUACUGGCACCACUUGUAUAUAGCCAAGUUAUUACCUCAUACCCCUGCACAUCAACUCAGUACUGGCACCACUUGUAUAUAGCCAAGUUAUUACCUCAUACCCCUGCACAUCAACUCAGUACUGGCACCACUUGUAUAUAGCCAAGUUAUUACCUCAUACCCCUGCACAUCAACUCAGUACUGGCACCACUUGUAUAUAGCCAAGUUAUUACCUCAUACCCCUGCACAUCAACUCAGUACUGGCACCACUUGUAUAUAGCCAAGUUAUCGUUACUCAUUGUGUAUCUAUUAAUACUUUUAUUAUUACGUGUUUUACCUUUUUAUAAUUUUUCUAAGUUCUUUCUCUCUGCAUUGUUAGGAAGGGCCCGUAAGUAAGCAUUUCACUGUUAGUCCACACCUGUUGUUUACCAAGCAUGUAACAAAUACAAUUUGAUUUGAAUCAAUCAAUCAGUCAGUCAAUCAAUCAAUCUCUCAAGCAAAUGUAUUUGUAUAUCCCGUAUUUACAACAACAGUUGUCACAAAGUACAGCACUUUACAGUACAAUCGCAAUGUCAAUCUUACCAAGAAAUAGUUUGCUAAAUUUUCUUCAUCCAAGAUAAAAAGAGCUUGAUAAGAUCGAUAAUAUUCUUGUUCUGUGUUUCGUAGGUGGAGCAGGUGAGUCAGCUGUCAGCGUUGGUUGAAGCGGCGUUAGACUACCACCGCCAGUCCUUGGAGAUCCUAGAAGACCUCAACACCCAACUACAGACCAGGCAACUAACUAACUACAGCUAUCACACUCCACAGUCCCUAAACAGCCUGUCCCUCAUCUCCUUCUCUUCAUCUGUACUGAUGUGAAAGAACUGGACAUGUGAAAGCUACUCCCUAGUGAGCAUCCACCAUUUUGCUUUCACCUUUUCAGUUUUCAAUUCAGUCAUUCUGGUUCAAGUUGAAAUUCACUGCCUGAAUUCAAAAAUCGUCCUCAGUUCACAUUCUAAUUGCACUAAAUUGAAAACCAAAUUGAAGGAAAGCCAACCAAUUGAAUGAAAACCAACCAGUUGAAGGAAACAGGACAAGGACAGGAGGAAACCACUUUAGACUAUGCAGCCAGUGAUGUACACAUGUUGCCGGGCCAAAGUGAAUAACAUCAUAAUGCCUCUCACAGGAUAUCCUCAGCCAGAAGUCGACCGAAGAGAGAGAUUAAACAAAAGUCCAUCAUGAGCAGCAUUGAGACCAUAGACAACACUCAGCACAAUGGACUAUCAUAUAGCUCCUCACUCAAGUCCUCAGGUACAGUGUGUGUGUGUGUGUGUGUGUGUGUGUGUGUGUGUGUGUGUGUGUGUGUGUGUGUGUGUGUGUGUGUGUGUGUGUGUGUGUGUACCAAUUCUGCUCACAUUAGUUUUGAUCAACCCCAUCCGUUUGUCCAUGUUAUCCUUUCACCCAUUGUUUUUUUUCCCAAAUCAUGUCAUGUUAUAUUUUUCUAUGGUUCUUUCCAGACAACCAGAUCAACCACACAGUAAAUGGAAAUGGCAAAAGUAGGUAUACUUGGACUGAUCACAUCAAACAGGUGUCGCACCCAUACACUUAAUCAUAGUAGUCUCAUGAAUGGCUUAUUCUGACUGUCUAGAGAUAAUCUGUCAAAACUCUUGUGAAGUCUGGCUCCAUCAAUGUAACUUUCAUAAAAGCUGUUUUUCUGCCCUCUUGUGGUUAGAGAGUAUAAACCUCCAUGACAAUUAAACAAAACAUGCUAAGAGUGCUCUGGGUUAAACCAUUAGUGGGGAAAAUGCCAAACUGACCCAGGAUCAGCGUCUAAGGUCAACUUCACACUACACCGCUAAGAGCAGUAGAAAUUGUGAUUCUCAAUAGCACACUGAAAGAAUCACAUCUGUAAUAGGUUUAAAAGAUGACGAUAAAAGCUUUUAUCCACUCAGAUUAAAGUUUGUGUCAGUCAGUUUAUUAUUCAUUAAUCAGAUAUUGGUUGCCGUUUCAACCAUGACAGGUGUCAUCAUGCCAUGUGUAGGGUAGGGUUGCAAAAUUCACGUAAAUUUCAACAACAACAAAAAUCCAGAAACCCCGGUUUGGAAGAUUCCUGGAAUCAGGAUUGAAAAAGCAGUACAUCCGGGGUAGCUUCUUUGGGGAUUUCUGUAAAACCUGGGAAUUUUAGGAAAGUUACAGGCAUUGUGUUUGUUGGUGCUUGUCUCAGCUUCCAUCUCCAUGUUUCUCCAUCCAUCUCUCACCCAGCUGAUCCCUUCACCACCGUCCCCCUAUCCUGGCCAGAGAGUCCCACUUUCAACGGCCACCGUGAGUAACACACACACACACACACACACACACACACUCUCUCCCUCUCAUACUGUCACUAUCAUACCCAUCUCUGUUUGUCUUAAUGUGUUGGAUUUGUUUUGCUACACCAACCCACAUCAGAUCCUUAUCAGAGGAAAAUACACUCCUGGGAACAUGCUAGUGUCUGACAGUUCUCUGUUAUUCUCCCUCUCCUCUUACCCCCAUCCCCCCUCUCCCCUUCUCCUCCCUCCUCCCUCCCUCUCCCCUCUCACCCCUUUCCCCUUCCCCUACCCUCCCUCUCCCCCUCUCCUCCCUCCCUUCCUCCCUCACCUCCCUCUCCCCCUCCUCCUCCCUCCCUUCCCCUCCCCUCCCUCACUCCUUCCCCCCUCCCUCACCCCUUCUCCUUCCUCCCUCACCCCUUCUCCUCCCUCCCUCCCUCCCCCCUCUCCUCCCUCCCUCCCAACAUCCCUCACCCCUCCCUCCCUCACCCCUUCUCCUCCCUCCCUCCCUCCCACCCUCACCCCCUCUCCUCCCUCCCUUACCCCUUCUCCUCCCUCCCUCACCCCUUCUCCUUCCCCCUCUCCCUCCCUCAUCCCUUCUCCUCCCCCCUCUCCCUCCCUCACCCCUUCUCCUCCCCCCUCUCCCUCCCUCACCCCUUCUCCUUCCUCCCUCCAGAGUUGGAGGUGCUGGACCAGCCGUGUGCCAGGGCCCUGUAUGACUUUGAGCCGGAGAAUGAUGGCGAGCUGGGCUUCAAGGAGGGUGACAUCAUCAUCCUCACCAACCAGAUAGAUGACAACUGGUACGAAGGCAUGAUAAACGGAGACUCUGGCUUCUUCCCAAUCAACUAUGUGGAGGUUAUCGUACCCCUGCCCCAGUGA